GCUACCGCGCGGGAGAGCGGCCCCUUUAAGAGGCGGCCCCGGCCAGCCCCGCCCCCUGUCGGCGGGAAGACGGCGGGCGCAGCGCGCGCGGCCGAGCCAAUCCCCCGCCGGUAAAACAACCCGCUCCACUUUUUCCGCGCCAAAAAUAUCGAAAGGACGCAGUGCAGACCGUGUCCUUCCGCCACGCCGGCCGGGACUAGCUGCGCCAGGGAGAGGAGCCUGCGGGGAGAGCGGGGCGGGCAGGGCAGCGGGGCGGUGAGGCGGAGGGAUCCAGCGGCGGGAACGCGGUGCGCAGGUAGGUUCGGUAACCGUCUCGCCGUCCCUUCGCCAUGGUGGUGCUGCGCAGCAGUGCCGCUCGCUCGCCCGGGCCGUCGGACAGCGGCAGCCGCCGCCGCCUUCGUGCCACCUUCUCCAGCCUUAUGGAGUCCAGCUCCGAGUUCAUCUCCUUGGAGUCCUCGUCGCUCGGCAGCCGCCGCAUCUGGACGCGCUCCGGGGCCGCCUCGGCCGCCGCCAGGGCCGAGGGAUCCAGGGGGCCCGGGACAACCGACAAGGCCGAAUUUUCCUCUGGCAAAAUUGAAUGUUUCAAUGGACACUGUUUAAGAUCAAUGAGAAAAAACAUGCCGCCCUGUUCAGACUCCAGCUUUGACAAAAGCAUGGAAAUACUAAGUGAAAAUGUCAAUCGAAGUCACUUUACAAGGCAGUUGGCAAAGCCGAAAUCAGACCAAAAAAAAGGCAACUAUAAAGAAAUCACUAGAACGCUGAAGACCAGAGCUGAUGCAAAAGCUGCAGAACAAGUCCGUGAAGAAAAUGGGGAUUUGGAGGUCCGCCGAAGCUGCAGACUUCAACGAAGUUAUUACAGCACUACAAAUCAAUCUGUCUUGUUUGACAAACUGAUAACAAAUACUGCAGAAGCAGUCUUGCAAAAAAUGGAUGACAUGGAGAAGAUGCGUAGACAGAGGAUGAUGGAAGGCCUUGGGGUGUUGCACGGUGCAGAGGAAAACCUCAGUAUGUACUCACGAGGAAAGAAAGGAAUCCAAAGAUCCUGCAAAGAAAUAGCUGAAAAUCAAGUUGACAUUGUAGUGUCAUCGGAAGAAAGUGAAGAGAAAGAUGAUGAUGAUGGUGAAGGCACUCGAAAGCGUUAUGACUUUCGACAGAGGAAAACUGUUGAGCGCUAUCAAGCUCCAUUGCAAAAGCCAAAACAACGUAAGGUAGAAUUUUUGGGCCAGUCUUCACCUGUCAGACAGCGCUACUCAUUUAGAAGUGCUCGGACACAAGGCUCUCGCUGCAAACAAGCUGACAGACGGAGACACGCAGCCCACAACAGUGAUUCUACAUCCUCUUCCCCAUCGUCUUCAUCUGAUGAUGAAGAGCAUUUUGAGAGACGUAGGAAGAAGCAGCACAGCUGUAACAGAGAUUUAAGAAGGUGUCUUCCACUAAACUUUCGGACAGAUGACUUGAAGGGAAUUCACAAGGAUCGAAUGAAGAUCGGAGCAAGUCUGGCUGAUGUUGAUCCAAUGCAAAUAGAUUGUUCGGUUCGAUUUGAUGGUGUGGGUGGUCUUGCUGACCACAUUGCAGCUUUGAAAGAGAUGGUUGUUUUUCCAUUGCUUUAUCCAGAAGUCUUUGAGAGAUUGAAAAUUCAGCCUCCCAGAGGCUGUCUAUUCCAUGGUCCACCAGGGACUGGAAAGACACUGGUUGCUCGUGCACUGGCUAAUGAAUGUAGCCAAGGAGACAGGAGAAUAGCCUUUUUCAUGAGAAAAGGUGCCGACUGCCUGAGUAAAUGGGUGGGGGAAUCUGAACGACAGCUCCGUUUAUUAUUUGAUCAGGCCUACCAGAUGCGACCUUCAAUUAUUUUCUUUGAUGAGAUAGAUGGACUUGCUCCUGUGCGAUCCAGCAAACAGGACCAAAUUCACAGCUCGAUUGUAUCGACACUUCUAGCACUUAUGGAUGGCUUAGACAGCAGAGGAGAGAUUGUGGUAAUCGGAGCCACCAACAGACUGGAUUCUAUAGAUCCUGCGUUACGAAGACCUGGACGCUUUGAUCGAGAGUUCCUCUUCAGUUUGCCAAAUAAAGAGGCUAGAGAAGAGAUUUUCAAGAUUCACACACGAGACUGGAUCCCGAAGCCACUGGACACGUUUCUGGCAGAGCUAGCUGAAAAUUGUGUUGGAUACUGUGGUGCUGAUAUUAAAUCCUUAUGUACUGAAGCUGCCCUGUGUGCUUUGCGCCGCCGCUAUCCUCAGAUCUACAAAAGUAGCGAGAAACUGCAGUUGGAUGUCGCUUCUAUUAAAGUGACAGCAAAGGAUUUUGUCAUGGCUAUGCAGAAGACUGUUCCAGCUUCACAGAGGGCUGUGACUUCACCAGGGCAAGCACUGUCACCUAUUUUAAAACCGCUGCUUGAAAACACACUAGCAAUGAUUCUAAAAGCCUUGCAGGGUGUGUUUCCUCAUGCUGAGCUUGCACUAAAGAAGGACCAACAGCAAGACAGUUUAAACUGUGUUUUAAGAAAUUACACGAUUGACAGUGAUGAGGAAUCGCCAUCAGUCUUCGAAGAUAAGCGAACUGAUAAAAUGCCUGAUAGACAAGAGCAAAGAUUUCUCAAUUUUAGCAGAAACGCUUACCACCAGCCAACAUCUUGCAGGCCACGGUUCUUAUUAGUCGGAAAGCCAGGGAGCGGGCAAGCUUCUCAUUUGGCACCUGCAGUAAUACAUGCCCUGGAAAAGUUUCCGGUUUAUACACUAGACCUAUCAGUUUUGUUUGUUGGCAUCACAUCACCAGAAGAAACAUGUGCCCAGUUGAUGCGAGAAGCUCAAAGAACAGCACCAAGUAUAAUUUAUAUCCCAAGUAUUCAUUUGUGGUGGGAGGCUGUUGGAGCUACUUUGAAAGCUACUUUUACAACGCUACUGCAGAACAUUCCAGCAUUUGCUCCAGUUUUGCUGCUUGCAACAUCUGAUGUGUUUUACGUAGAUCUCCCAGAAGAGGUAAAAGAAUUGUUUGUUAAAGAAUUUGAACAAGUUUUCAACAUCUGCUUGCCUGAUCAGGACGAAAGAAGGAAGUUUUUUGAGGACCUUAUUAUGAAUCAAGCUGCUAAACCUCCUGCAUCGAAAAACAAAGCAGCUUGGCAGCCAUUGGAAGUACUGCCUGUAGCACCGCCACCUAAGCCUCGACAGCUGACUGAGGAAGAAAUAAGACAGCUGGGGGAGCGGGAGGAAGAUACGUUGCGUGAACUUAGGAUUUUCUUAAGGGAUGUGACUCAUAGACUUGUGGUUGACAGACGUUUCGGAGCAUUUAAAAAGCCUGUGGACCCGGAGGAGGUGCCUGAUUAUGACACAGUUAUUAAGCACCCCAUGGACCUUUCAGCAGUUCUCUCUAAGAUCGACUUACAGCAGUACCUAACUGCAGGAGAUUUUCUAAAAGACAUUGAUCUAAUCUGUAGCAAUGCUUUAGAGUACAACCCAGAUAAGGAUCCAGGAGAUCGUCUCAUUAGACACAGAGCUUGUACUUUGAGAGAUACUGCAUAUGCCAUAGUGAGGGAAGAAAUGGAUGAAGAUUUUGAGCAACGCUGUGAAGAAAUUAAAGAGUCUCGUAAGGAAAGAGGUUGCAGCUCUUCAAAGAAUGCUCCACCUUUCUAUCAUGUCAUGCCAAAGCAGAACUCUCUUCCCGAGUGUAAGAAAACAGACCCAAAGUGUACUGAAAAAAUGAAGAUUCCAGCAGCACCUGUAUAUUCCAGCACACCAUGCCGUAAUGAUGCUAUGUCAAAAAGAAAACGCAGAAAGCACAAAUGGUCUUCAGGUAUUAUAGCAAAGAGGAAGAUUUUACAGUUCAAUAAAGAGAAUAAAGUUCCGGAAGACCAAGAUGAAGUAGAGAGCGAUGAAGAGUCUCCAGAAAAAGACAUUUCUAACAUGGAGUGCACUGAAGUUGAGUCCAGACAGGAUUAUAUCAAAGACAAUGAACACAAACUUCAAGAACGACAGAAAUAUGGGAAUGAAAAUGAAUUUGGGCCAGAAAGAGAAAGAGACAGAGUUCUCCUUGUGGGUAAAUCUGCUUCUGAAAAGAGAGGCAUGCUUUCUGAAUGUUCAGAUCUAAGAAAGGAGAGUCACGUGCCGGCUUGCCAAAUCGCAGAAAGUUCGGAAGACAGAGGUUCAGAUAAUACGUAUGCAUACAGCAGGGGUCAUGCAAGACAUUCUCAGGUGGAGCAGCAACAGGUGACGGAUGUGGAGAAUGCAACGGAAACUCUCACACAGCCAGUGAUUGUGGUUUACUGUGAGCUCAAAAAAUUGUUGCAUCUUGUCACAGUGGUAACUAAGAAUUUCAGCAUAUUUCACCUGGAAAAACUAUACGCUGUUCUUAGUCAGUGCAUUUACCAACAUCGGGAAGAUUAUGACAAAACCGCAUUAGUGAAGGAAAUGAAGAAAGAAAUUGCAGCCUUCAGUUGCAUUCACUGAUCCUUGAUUGCAGCAUACUUCUCUGUUUUUUGUUGUUUGAUGAAGAUUAAUUCUACAUAUAUAUAUUUAUAUGAAGUACAGAAUUAAACUCUAUAACUCAGAAGUUAUAAAGUAGGUGUGUUUAUUGCGCGCAUAUGCAUGGGGAAUUGCUGCACCACAGGCGUGCAUACCCGAAGUGACGAACUAUCUCAUAGUCAUACAAUAAAACAAAUGAAUAUUCAUUUAAUGCAUAUACAUAUUCAUUUCCCAACCCCACCCACUCUUGCUUCGUAUGCUAAUUAGCUUAUCAGUCCUUUGCGCUUGCUCAAAUUCUUCCAAAAACUGUGGGCAGGGGACUUCGAGACGUGGACAGUGGUCUUUGGGAGGAAUGCCGUAGGCCCUUCCUCAUGGUGUACUUUUUACCCUUUGCCUGGAAUGUGAUGGUCUUCCAAAUUUGCAGUGUUCUUAUAGGUCUGAGCUAAUUUAUGUCCUUGUCGACCAUCUGUUUCUUAUUCUUGUUUCUUUUAGUCGCUCCCUCUAGAUAACUUUGGGAUGUUUCUUAUCCUUUUAUAAAUAGGCCCCUUGUUAGAGAAUGAGAAACAGACUCCUUUUUCCAUUAGUUAUUUCAUUAAUGAUUUCCUUCAAACUAUAUGGUUACAUGACCUAAUGACUAUACCUACAUUCUUUGAGUAAAUAUAUAUUUACACUUAAAUUAUUGUCCCUAUUCCAUACAAUUUCUUCAUAUCAUAUACAUCUAUUAAAUAUAUCUUUAAAAUUUAUUAAGGAAACUCAAAGUCCUUUAGUUGCUUUUGAUAUUUGUGUCCCCUCCAUAUAUAUCUAUUUAUGUGACAUACUGCUGUGAUUGCCUUUGGAACACUGCAGAUCUGAACAUCUCCCAGGUAAUUUCAGUACCUCUCUUUAAAAAAUGAUCAAAAACUUGAUAAACUUUUAUCAUUGUUUUCCACCUUGUGGGAAUACAGUCCUCUGAAGUAGUCUGUGGUGUGUAUAGCCCACUGCAUAUUAUUACAUAAAGGUUUAAAUUAAAUCUCAUGUCAGUACAUGAAAAGUAAAUCCUUCUAGAAACCUCUUAAUGCAGUUCAGAGGUAAUUAUUUUUUUAAUUACCUGAUAGCACUUCAAGUGGCUUUCCUAGAAUUAACAACCUAAAGAAAUUAUGCGGAAGAAAAGUGCUGUAAGACUUUUUGCUAGCUGCUUUUUUGACAGGCCAAAAAUAUGCCAUAACUUGAAACAAAGCAAGAUUUACUGCUGUAACUUUCUGAGGUAAACUUUAGUCUUGCUUGCAAUAAUGACAAUCGUCUUGAUGCUGGAGAACAGCAUUUUAACAUAAAUUGUUAGUUGCAGAUCAGGUGGCUUGUAGUUGAAUUAACUAGAAAACUAUUUACAAUUUAUCUGGAGAGAAUGGUACCUGCCUAUGACAUAAAAAUGAAUGUGGUGUUUGGGGUAAGUAUAUUUCAGUAAAAAGCAAAGCAGUACCCCAUUUUGAAGAUUUAUGCCUCUCCAAACCAGCAGAGAAAAUUUCUCUUGGUGAUUUUGACAGUUAUUUUUAAGAAAAUUUCAGAAUAAGAUGAGUAAAGUUUAAUUGGAUGAGAAUAAAAUCUUAUAUCUGUGGUGAUAGAGUAUGUGGCACGAUUAUACAUUGCUGCUGUGUUACGUCAUCUCAAGGACACAGUGUCUGGUGAUGCUGAAUGCCCGCGAUCCCUCUGCCUGUGUUUGGUUUCUUAGGAAUGUUCUAGUCUUCCUUUUUGGUUUCUUUCUAGUCUGUUUGUCCAAACCUUUGUGCGCAGUGCAGAAUUUUUUCUCUGUAUUGUUUGGAUGGGUAUUAAUAAAAAAAAUUAAUCACCUUUU